CUUGACAGGAAGGAGGGGUUAUAAAAUAAAAUGGCGACGGUUUGUUUUAUUGAUUAACGUAAUCAGUAUCAGUAUUAACAAUAAAUCAUUGUUUUGAGGAAUAACGAGGAGUUUUAAUUGAAAUUGAUACGACAUAUAAAUAAAUGUGACCCUUGGUGUCGGAUGCGUCAUACAAUUUGUUAUAUCAGGUGUUCCUUUGAACAUUGCGAUGGCAGUAAAAGUAUGUUGUGUUCAGAAAUGUAAGUCCCGUUCAACGAGAACUGAAGACAUUGGUGUCACAUUUCACAAGUUUCCUAGGGACCUGCCCCUGUGUGACUCUUGGGUAAAGGUUACGCGCCAUGACGUUUCUAAAACCGAUACACCAGCGUACGUUUGUUCGCGACAUUUCCGUAAAAGCGAUUUUCAAUGUUACAAGGACUCAAAAUAUGUUCUGAAGUCAGAUGCUGUUCCCNCUGUUCCUUCAAUUUUCCCUUGGAUAAUCAAAAUUAAAGCUAAAGACAUGGAAGGAGCAACGGAUUCUUUGUCAGAGACAAAAGAACCGCCUAAUAGUGGUAAGGAGGGAGAUGGAGAAAACUUGGAUGCAAUAAAGAAGUUUAUAGAAGACCAGGAGAAAGAGUACACACAGCAAGAGACUAAGAAAGAAGAUGAUGCCACAGUGGAGGUUGAAAAAACGACUGAAAGCGAUGGUUGUAAAGAUUUUGACGAACGAUUGGCUGUGGCAUCGAGCAUGAUGGAUAUGAUAUUGAGUGAGUCAGAAGAAAGGAUUGCCAAAAAGAAGGAUGGUAACUCAUCCAGGCAAAUGAGCCCUAAAGGAGCCAAUAGCAUGUCUCUGUCGGUUGGCUCCAAAGUGGAGGCGAAAGACUUCGGCGAAUUCUGGUAUCCAGCUCAAAUUUCCGAGGUUGACUAUGAUGAGAUGGAAGUGUUGGUGCAUUAUGAGGAUUCUUCGAAGAAGCACGACGAAUGGAUCAGCGUAAGCAGCCCCCGACUGCGGCCUCUCUCGGCCUCCGCUGUAUCGUCCCCUGCACCAUCCACAUCGCAACCAGCGACCACCAUCGCCCCAGUGGCUAGUACCAGCACUGCUGAGGAGCCCAAGCCCGUUGAAGACAAGAGCAAACUGACCUUUGUGGUGGGAGAGAGAUGCCUGGCCAGGUGGAGGGAUAGCAGGCGGUUCUUGGCUACGGUCAGCAAGGAUUUGGGUGAUGGCUAUAUGGAAGUCCUAUUCGACGACGGCUUCGUGUGGAAGUGUACGACUUCACGGCUGCAUAAGAUGAAAGAUCAGUCGAAGCCGGGCCCUCUAACUGUUGACGUCACAACGGCUGGGACCUCCGCACAUUCCCCAGUUUAUGGGGCGGGGCCAAGUAGCGCCACGCCUACCACCCCCGCCCCUGCCUUCCACACCCAUCUAUUUGACCCCACCCGUGAUUACCUAGGCUCGAAGAGCGAACGCCGCGAAAUGAAGCGAAAGUUAAACAUCAAGGAAAUCUUCAAUAUUGGGCAGAAGAAAGCGAAGAAACAGGCAACUCCUACUGAGAAACCGGUGACGCCCAAACCUCCGGUGGAAAGGAAAAAACCGAGGAUCAUUAGGAAGAAACCGGCAGCGCCUAAAGUUGCACCGCCUAAAGUUGCACCGAAAACGGAAAUCCCAGAUGCUGUGGCAUCAAUAAUCGGGACACUCGAAGGCAGUCCCGCGCCAUCACCUGCCGAAGUAAAACCAAAAGAAGAAAAAGAAACAAAAGAAGAAAUUGCAGACACUAAAGUUCCAAUUACCAAAGAAGUUACAGAAGAUCAAGAAAUGAAAGUGGAAGUUGGAAGUGAAGAGACAACUUCAGAUGAGCCAGAAGUGAAGGAUACUUUGGCAGAAAUGUUGAUCGACGUUGACGAAAGCAAGGACAGUAUUGAGGUUGUGGACCCUACUAAAGACACUUGUGACACGUCGGAUACAGCUGACAGCAGACCUGAUAGUGAUCCUGCGCAAGAAGACGUUAAGCUCGAGAAGUUCGAAGCAGUGGAUGGUAAGCACGAAGAGGUCAUCGACCGGAUCAAGGUAGCCAUUACAAAGUUGGAGGACGGCAUCAGCAAGGCAGAAGGCUCGCCCAGGCCGGAGGUCAAGACCGAAGCGGCAGAAGUGAAGGAAGUGAAAGAGAAGAAGAUUAAGAAAUUGAAGAUCAAGAAGAGCAAAAAGCUGCGCAUACUGCAAGAAAAGAAAGUGAAGAAACAAGUUGAGAAAGUUAAAUCCGAGCUAGAAGUGAUGAAGCGUCAGAUCGAGGUGAUGAGGCGGCAGAUGGUUAACUCGGACACCACGCAAGAGUUGCCGGAAUCGUUCCUACUGCCAGGCGAAUGGUGUUGCAAGUGGGUGAACGGACAGCCGAUUGGGAAGGUGUGCGAGUUGGAGAUGGAUGGGAAGGAGAAAGCUGGUGGGCUGCCAAGGAGAAGUGUGCAGGUGGAAGACAAAAGGUUGCCAGCGGGUUGGACGAAACACAUGGUUCGCAGAAGUUUAGGCAGUUCAGCAGGAAAAUGGGACGUGGUUUUAGUGAAUCCAGAAAACCGGCGUUUCCACACUCGCACUGAUAUGCGCAACUAUAUGGAGUCGCACCCUGAUACGGCCACGCGGCUUAAAGACUACGAGGCCGUGCUCAUGGACUUCGGCGUCCAUCUGAAACUGGCGCGGCGGAUGGGCUGGGUCGUCUCCACGCCAGAUGGCGUAGCUGAGUCCCCAGUAGUGUCGCUCCCAGCGGGCACGCUUUCUUGCACAUCGCCUAUAAUCAAGCGCAAGAAACUAAGUCUGAAACGGCCGCGAGAGGCUCCCAAACAGAAGAAGAUGAAGCGCGUCAUCAAGAUGCCUAAGUAUCUGGUGAAGAAUAAAAACAAAGAGCUGGGUCCAGGAACGUCUAGUACUCCUUCUACUUCAGAAAACGAUCCAGCAGCACUGCCUGAAGAAAACUACCCGCCUUUAGAAGAUGGAUACGUAUGGGUCGGUUCCUUGAAAGUGCAAAUAAUAGAGAACCUCCUCCGCUGCCCAGCCGAAGGGUGUUUCAAGAACUUCAGAAACAACACCCUACUCCAAAUGCACAUAAAACACUACCAUCGAGAACUUCGAAAAAUGCUCGGUCGAACGCCGAAAGUUCUGGAUUUGGCGUAUGCCAGAACUAUGCCAGAAAAGGCACUUGAACCAACCAAAACAAGGGAGCCCGACUUGAAGACUAUCAAAGUCAAAGUCCCGAAGCCGCCUAAACGGGUCGUUCAAGAAGAAAUUAAAACAGAAGUCAAAAAGGAAGAACCUAUGGACUUACAAAUCGACAUUCCCUCAACGUCGGUAAAACUUGAAGAUACCCCAAUGCCGAAGUUGCACGAUUCUCCUAAACUCCGCCAAGCGUUAGUCCACAAGCCAGUGAAGCGUCCCAAAGUGCUGCUACCGGUUCGAAGACCGGAGUCCGAGGAUGUCAAAGACGAGCAGUCUAACGAUUUUGACGAUUCGGCCGACAUGCCGAUCGAAGUUUUGGACUUCGAGACGGAGAUAUCGACGCAUACUGUGACGAAGCCUGUUGAUUUCAAGAAGAAAGAGAAACGGGGUAAAGUGGCCACGUUGAAACCAAAGAGUGAGGACGAUGAGUGGUUCGGCCCGGCUUCGGAUGUGGAGACUCGGUCGAGUUUCCCGCGGUCGGGCACGCCGGAUUACAAGAGAAUGGAACAACACGCCGGCAAUUCGGAGUCGAAUGAAGAGCAGCAGCGGGAGAAUGAGUAUGAAUAUAAUCCUGAAACCGGCGAGCUGAUGAAGAUUGAGCACAUGAAGCGCGAGGAGAUCAUCAACUGCCACUGCGGCUUCCGCGAGGAGGACGGGCUCAUGGUGCAGUGCGAGCUGUGCCUGUGCUGGCAGCACGGGCUGUGCCACAACCUGCGGCACAGGCUGGAGGUGCCAGAAAAAUACACGUGCAGCAUUUGCUUGAACCCGCGUCGGGGGCGGCGCUCGAAGCGGUUCCUGCAUGAUCAAGACCGCUUAUUUGACGGCACCCUCCCGGGGGCGAAGCCCAGCGACACACUGCGUCGCUCGCACGAGCUGUCCGGCAACCUUCACUUGAUAAGGGACGCACUGCACUCGCUGAGGGUCAAAUACCAUGUUGCCACUAAAAAGAACCACCCAAAGUUAUACCUAUGGGCUGACAAAGAAUGGGACACGGAGGAGGUGACCCAGCCUCAGGACAAGCCCAAGCUGGACUACACAGACUUGCAACUGAUCAACAUCGACAAGGAGAACCAGCCGGUACAGGACGACUUGAACGCGCACAUCGACGUCACCACGCCUUCCGAAGACCAUGACAGAUACAGUCAACGAGAGGGCCAGGCGCUGCNGAAACAAGCGGGCAGCUCGCGCGGCCUCAGCGGCGCCGAGCUCGAGCGCCUCGCCAGCGCCGUGCCGGACCACGUAGUACAACCGCCCAUAGUGCCGCAGCCAGAAGCGGCCAUAGACAACGGGGUGUGUCGCGAGCGCUUGUUGCGCCACAUCCAGCGCUGCCAGGCCGCUCUCGACUCCCGGCUGGAUACCAUCGAGGCGACUGUCGCGGAACUGGAAUCCCAAGACCCGCUGUUCGAAGACGACGAGACAGCGGAAUACUUCCCUCGCACCAAGCAGACCAUACAGAUGCUGAUGCGGGAUCUCGACACCAUGGAAGAGCUAGGCACCAUCACAUAAAGUGGUCUACAACUAUUGUAGUUUUUUACUUUAUUAUUACAAUAUUUAUAGAUCGUUUCAUCCACGAAGACGCGCCCCACCAUUCUCCGCUAAUGUUUGAGUGUUAUCGGUACACGAUAAAUUAUCCAUGAGUGCACACGCACACUACAAUAAUGACGCUCGGAUUGCUCGGAUCAAACUCCCCGCACCCCGUGCUUCCCUCAACCAAAAUUGAUGGGGCGCGUAUUCGUGGAUGAAAUGAUCUAUAACCAUAUCUCUGCAGGACAUAAUAUUUUGCUUACAAAUAUAUUCAUAAAAUAUUAAGUUGCCAUAAAAACUAUUUGAAGUCCUGCAGUUAGUAUUCAUUUAUCUGUAUAAUUAAAUCAAUUAAUGGAUUAAAAAUCUUUGAAUAUUAUAAAUAUUGAUGUGAUAAUUUAAACGCUUGUAGUUCUUAUUUAGAGGCUGUGUUCCAUAAUGAACUUUUAUUUGCAAAAUAUCCACCACUGAUGUUUAGUUAUUAGAAAUAUGCAAUUGUUUAU